AUGAUCCUUGAUCUUACUCCUGAUACUGAGCUGGUGAUUCUGAAGUGGAAUAAAUAUGGACGUAGCUGUUUCUCUAUCCUGGCUGUGUUCUAUGUGCUCUACGCUAUCUGCUUCAUGAUGUGCUGCAUUUACCGAGCUCUGAAACUUCAAGAUAACACCAAAAUAGAUCAAAGAGACAAUACUAUAUAUGUGCAGAAUCUUAUUUUUCACGUCCACAUCAUAUCCCAAAGUGAAAUCUGUCUGGUGGGAGAACUGGUCACAGUGACAGGAGCUACAAUAGUAUUGAUCUUGGAGAUUCCAAGUAUCUUCAGAGUUGGAGCAGCCAAAUACUUGGGACAAAUCAUCUUGGGAGGGCCCUUCCACGUCAUCAACAUCACAUAUGCUUGCAUGAUUCUAGCAACCAUGGUGAUGCAUUUCACCAGCACAACUGGAGAGGUCAUGCCUAUGUCCUUUGCCCUGAUGCUAGGAUGGUGCAAUGCUAUGUAUGUUGCACAAGGCUUCCAGAUGUUUGUCCUUAGCAUCAUGAUCCAGAAG